GGCCGCUUGACGGCGCCGCUGCUGGUGGUGAUGGUGGUGAUGAUGAUGAUGGCGGUGCUGUCCAUGAUGAUGAUGAUGAUGUGGGCAGCGAUCGGCGUCGGGCCGCGGGCCUCCGGCAGCCUGUGAGGCGGGCGGGACACCGGCCGCGGGAAGAAGGAGCUCCAGCCGCUGGGCGAGGCGAGGCGAGGCCGUGGACCGGCGUUGUGUGUGUGUGUGCAGGCAGCCAUGAUCCGCUGGAUACGGGAGCAACUGGGAUUUGACCCGCCACAUCAGAGUCCCACAAGGACAAUUUAUGUUUCCAAUCAGUUCCCUGAGCACAGUCCUUUUGUUCGCCAGAAGUUUCCAGACAAUCGGAUAAUAUCGUCCAAGUACACGCUAUGGAAUUUUAUCCCAAAAAAUUUAUUUGAACAAUUCCGAAGAAUAGCCAACUUCUACUUUCUUGUAAUUUUUCUUGUACAAUUGAUGAUAGAUACUCCGACUAGUCCUUUCACAAGUGGGCUGCCAUUAUUUUUUGUAAUUACCGUAACAGCAAUUAAACAGGGUUAUGAGGAUUUGUUACGACAUAAAGCAGACAAUGAAGUAAAUAACACUCCUGUGUAUGUAAUUCGAAGUGGGGGGCUUGUCCAGACAAGAUCACAAAACAUAAGGGUUGGUGACAUUGUCAAAAUAGAAAAAGAUCAAACAUUUCCGACAGAUUUAGUGCUGCUGUCAACUGACCAUGCGAAUGGGACGUGUUAUGUCACUACAGCAAGUUUGGAUGGAGAAACCAAUCUGAAGACCCAUCGUGCAGUUCCAGAAAUAGCAAAGUUGCAGUCCGUUUCUCAGCUGGACACACUGAGGGCUGUUAUAACCUGUCACCAACCUGAACCAGAUUUAUAUAGAUUUGUUGGACAGAUUGCAAUAAAUAGCCCAGAAGAAGAAAUAGUGAGACCUCUGGGACCAGAAAACCUUCUACUUAAAGGAGCAAGUUUGAAAAAUACCAACCAAGUUUUUGGUGUGGCUGUUUACACAGGGAUGGAUGCUAAAAUUGCCUUGAACUACAAAAGCAAAUCACAGAAACGUUCCUCUGUAGAAAAGUCUAUGAACACUUUUCUGAUUGUCUUUCUGGAAAUUCUCGUGAUUGAAGCAGUUAUUAGUACUAUCUUAAAAUAUAGUUGGUUGCGUGAAUAUCCAUACAAUGAAAGAACUGCACAAGAAAAAAACAGCAGCAGAAUUUUGACGGGUAUAUCUGAUUUCUUGGCUUUCAUGGUGCUAUACAACUACAUCAUUCCAAUCUCACUUUAUGUCACGGUUGAGAUGCAAAAAUUCUUGGGAUCCUUUUUUAUUGUGUGGGAUCGCGAUUUGUACCACGAGGCUUCAAGUCAGCGGGCACAGGUUAACACAUCGGACCUUAAUGAAGAGCUUGGACAGGUGGAAUAUCUAUUAACAGACAAAACUGGAACAUUGACUGAAAAUGAAAUGAAAUUCAGGGAAUGCUCCAUUAAUGGCAUUAAAUACAAAUAUACCAAAGGCACUUUGAUUCCUGACGGAGCGACUGGAGAGAUUAACGGCCAAACAUUUACUAAUGAAGAAGUGAUGUUCUUGAAGGCAAUAUCACUAUGCCACACCGUGCAUAUUAGUGAUUUGGAAGAGACUAAUAGACCUACGUUGAGGCAUGUUGCUGCUGAUGUAUCCAAAGUACAAUACUAUGCUGCCUCACCAGAUGAAAUAGCUUUGGUAGAAGCUGCCAGAAGGAUCGGAGUUGCAUUUACAGAAUCUGAUGGCAAUAAUAUAAUACUUAACAUAUUUGGAAAGACUGAAAGAUACAAACUUCUUGAUGUUUUAGAGUUUGAUGCAGAUCGCAGGCGAAUGAGUGUGAUUGUUGAAAUGCCAGAAGAAAAAAUGAUAAUGUUUACUAAAGGGGCAGAAUCCUCCAUCAUUCCAUUAGCAAGAUCCGGGGCAGUAACUGAAAUGAGUGCACAUGUGGAUGAACUUGCCAUGAAAGGAUUACGAACACUCUGUAUAGCUUGUAAAUAUCUAUCCAUAGAAGAGUAUGAAGAGAUCAAAUCUCAGCUGGUUGAAGCCAGGACGUCUCUGCAUCAACGUGAGCAAGUAGUAGCAGAUGUGUUCAAUAUUAUUGAGAAAGAUCUCCACCUACUGGGGAUUUCUGGAAUUGAGGACAAGUUGCAAGAAAAAGUACCUGAGACAAUAGAGGCUCUUAAAUUGGCAGGCAUCAAGGUGUGGGUUCUUACAGGUGAUAAACAAGAAACUGCAAUUAGUGUGUGUUUAUCCAGUGGACAUUUUCACAAGUCAAUGAAUAUUUUGGAACUUACUAAUCAGAAAUCAGAAGGUGAAUGUGCGCUGCAACUUCAUAGCCUGAGUGUCAGAAUAAAACGGGAUCACGUGGCUCAACAUGGUUUGGUUGUAGAUGGAACUAGCCUUACACAUGCACUCAGGAAACAUGAAGGAUUGUUCAUGGAAAUUAGCAAAAGUUGCACUGCUGUGUUAUGUUGUCGAAUGGCACCACUGCAAAAAGCAAAAGUAGUCAGACUUUUGAAGUUAUUGCCAAACAAACCAAUUACCUUGGCAAUUGGCGAUGGUGCAAAUGAUGUCAGCAUGAUACUGGAAGCAAAUAUUGGUAUAGGAAUUAUGGGUAAAGAAGGAAGGCAAGCAGUGAGAAACAGUGAUUAUGCAAUAGCGAGAUUCUGCUUCAUCACUAAAUUGCUUUUUGUCCAUGGUCACUUCUAUUAUGUUAGAAUAGCACAUCUUGUACAGUACUUUUUUUAUAAGAAUGUCUGUUUUAUCACACCUCAGUUCAUAUACCAGUUCUUCUGUAUGUUUUCACAACAGACAUUGUAUGAUGGUGCUUUUCUGACGUUAUACAACAUUUGCUUCACUUCCUUACCCAUCCUCAUGUACAGUUUGUUUGAACAAGAUGUGCACCCUCGGACAUUACAUAGUAAACCAGCAUUGUACAAGGAGAUUAGCAAAAAUGAGAUUUUGUCUCUCAAAAGAUUUCUGUAUUGGACUCUGCUAGGAUUUUGUCAUGCCUUUAUAUUUUUCUUUGGUGCUUAUCUUCUGAGGGGAGAAAAUACAUCUAUGAUGGGAAAUGGCCAGAUGUUUGGAAAUUGGACAUUUGGCUUUCUAGUCUUCACGGUUAUGUUUAUAACUGUUACCUUAAAGCUUGGAAUAGAGACAUAUUACUGGACCUGGGUAAACCACUUUGUUAUGUGGGGUUCAGUCAUUUUUUACUUUGCCUUCGCUUUGGUUUAUGGAGCUACACUUUGGCCAUUUUUGCAGUUACAAAGUAUAUAUGCAGUCUUCAGUCACUUGUUGUCCAGUGCUCAGGUCUGGCUUGGCAUUAUCGUCAUAGUAGUUGGCUGUUUGUUCCCAGAUAUCCUAAGAAAAGUAUUCUGGAGACAUUCACGGCCAACUUUGGCACAAAGAUCGCAGAUAUACAUCAACAAAAUUGCUUUAGGGGAUGACAGGAUCGCUCUACAGCCUUUGGCAAGGGCCAGGAAUCAACUGAGCAAGAUUAGUUAUUGGAGACCAGCAAUGGCAUCACCUGCUUGGAAUCGAUUUGCUGUUGCUCAAGCAGAGAAACAGGAUGUUCACCUUUUAGAAGAGUACUAGAACAAAUAAUGGGAAGAUGCAAUUUGUUGCGAGUCAACAGAUCUUGGAGUGACUCGGAUCCUUACUGCACAAAUGACAGAACCAUUUUGACACUCUCAUCAAUGGAUGGCCCAACACAUGCAUCAAGGAUUUAAUGAUUGAGGAAAGACAUGAUGGAUGCUAUGUCUUUUUAAGCUGUUUGUUUUUGAGUUUGCUAUUUACCUCGAAGUCAAGGGGAGAAUGAAAAUAUAUAUGUAACUAUCUGCCCUUAGCCACUUUACAUUUAUAUAUUUUUUUGCAUGUAUGCCCUACUCUCGCCCAAAUAAGGUACUGCAUUUGAGAAGAAGCAAGGUCAGUACUGACAAUUAAGAUUGUAAUUUAUUUGUAAAUAGUUGUAACUUUCCAUAUUUUCCUCUUUUUACAAAAUGAUCUAUUUCUGGAGCUAUAUUUUUCUAUUUUUGCUUUCUCAGAUGGAGUGGGAUAACAAUUUUCAAUCCCUUUUGGUAAAAUGGUACAAUCCCUUUUGGACACAAUCCAUACAAAUAUUUUUUUUUACAUUAUAAGGUGGCUAUUUAGUCAAACAUGUAAUUAUUUGGAAAUGGAAUUUCAUUCAACUGAUAUUCUUAUAAACCUCAGACUCUGGAAGCAUCUUUUCCAUUCUAAUUGUUCUCCCCUUUGGUCGCUGCAGUCAGUAAUUAUCUGAAUGAUAAACCCAUGAGUAGAAGUGGUUUGGAGUUAACAAUAGUGAAGGAAUAGGUAAGGUCUUGCAAUAUAUAUUUUUUAAUGGUGAUCAACAUGUUUUUUGUUUGAUGCACAGUUGUCCCUUUUAUGUCUAAAGUUGAUAUUUGGGAAAACUGGACAUGAAAAUAGUGGCUGGGGACUUGCAAUUCAGCAAGCAGUUGAAAUGAAUGAAUGAAAAAUGAGUCUGGUGAAUGUAGAUGUGGAGUUCGCCUAGGCUUCAAGAACUUAGCAGCUUCUUAUUACAGGUUAUUUGGUUAUAAUAAAAAGCAGAGGGGCUGAUCAGAAGAUCAAGGAAGCUAGGAUUUUUUUUAAAUGUUGCUGUAAGUUAUUGAGGUCAAGAAUGUAUGUUAACGAGUUUUGGGAAGCAUUAUUUGAGGCUUUGAAACACGUUCUGUACUUUUAUAUAUUAGAGUGUUUAAAAAAUCUAGAUAAGUAACCCAUAUUUAAGUCAUCUAUAAACAUCAGUUCAACUUUUACAUCGCGUUGGUUUCAGUGAUUUUAUAUAACAUACAUUCCUUGUAUUAUCAACAAGUUAAUAUUGCCAAACUGUAAUGUGAUAAGUAAUUGCAUGUCUCAAGCUGGCAAUUGCCAAGUUAAUUUGUUUCCAAUGUACAUCAGCAUUUGUGGAAAACAUUGUUCAUAUUACAAAACUGAAUUAUGAAAACCAAAGCCCAUUCUGACCUAUUGUCGCAGCGAGUCAAUACGGUUUUUUAUCCAAAG